AUGGAAGAAGCAUCGAUUCUGCUAUCCUUGAACUCUCACCUGAAACAGUUUAAUUAUGGGGAGAUCAGAGUGGCGAUCGAACAAGAAAAGUCGUCCGGUAACACGACCUGGAAAUCCAUGGUUAGCACCAAGGGUAACCGCUAUCGAAUGUUCCUUGUCGUCUGUAUGGGUCUGAUGUCCCAGUGGUCCGGCGACGGCCUUAUGUCUUACUAUCUGUCUCGCGUCAUGGAUACGGUCGGUAUCACUGACAAGAAGACCCAGGCGCUCUUCAACGGCCUCAUCAACAUCUGGAACUGGGCCCUCGCCCUAACUAGCGCCUUCUUCGGCGACCGUGUCGGCCGCCGCCCGCUCUUCCGAAUCUCUACAAUCGGCAUGCUCUUGGUCUUAACGGGAUGGACCAUUGCUUCUACACGCUUUGCCGAGACAGAAGCCAAGUCAGCUGGCGUCGCGGUUAUGGCGCUCAUCUUCAUCUACGAAAUCUUCUACUGUAUGGCAUUCUCGCCUCUUCCUGUUGCAUACUCCGUCGAGGUGCUGCCGUACUCGAUCCGUGCUAAGGGAAUGGGCGUUUAUGUCCUCGCAACAAAGUGCGCUGCUUUCGUCAAUCAAUACGUCAACCCAGUUGGCCUGGAAAAUAUUGGAUGGAGAUACUACAUUGUCUAUGUUGCGGUUUUGGUCGUCGAAAGUUUCAUCGCAUAUGGCUGGUUCCUUGAGACCAAAGGUAAAGCCUUGGAAGAGAUCGCUGUUAUAUUUAAUGGAGAGUCUGCGGAUGUUACCGAUAUUGCCAUCAAAUCGAAGGGUGUUAAUAACGAUAUACCGAGAACGUUCGAGAACGAGAACGUUGAUCUCAAGGUCUGA